ACGCCUUAGGAAUACACCUGUUUCUCCGCGCAGCGACCUAAUGUUUAGUGUAUAUAUUGGAGUUAAAUUUGAGAAAAAGGUGCAUAAAAAAAAAAAAAAAAGUUAAGUAGCCUCCUCGAAUGUAGUGCCCUCUCUGAAGCCUUGGGAUGACAAAUUUGAAAUUACAAAUCAUCUGCCUAUGUGCUUUACCCGAACCAGCUUCAUCAGUUUUCUAAAAUGUAUGUUACAGCAUUGGAAAGAGUUCUGGAUUUUGUCCAUGAUAUAAAGAUAAUGCAUAUCCCAUAUCAUUGUGUUCAAAUCAAAGUUUCUUAAAAAAAGCAAAUUUUUCAUUUGCAUUUUAAUCGAUGGAAUCAUUCUUUAAACCAGGAUAUUGCACAGUUAAAAAUCCUGUAUUUAGUUUAAGUACUGGAAUUUCAAUCUCAUGUUCUGAUAAAGACGAGAAUAAAUAUUUUGAUCAGGGACUUUCUGCGAUAUCUAAGGAAAGUACAAAUACUGACAAUCAAAAUGCAUUUCAAAACUCUAAAAUACACAGAAAUACAAAUUAUAAAAUGAAUUACUCUUCCAAUAGCAUUACUUUGCCUCCAAUAAAAAGUCAAGAAAAUGGUUCAAAUAUGCACGAAGUUUCAAAUGUAAAAAGAACCUCAAAGUUAUCAGAGCAAAAUAAUUUAAACACGACAACUCAAGCUUCUACUAUUAAUGGUUCUAUACAAUCUAAUAGUUUACAUCAAAAUGUUAAACACGGUGAAAAUUCUCAAAAGAUAGGAUCCUCUUCUUUAGUUCAUAAACAAAAAGAAAAGCUUUUAAAUUUUUCAAGCACUUCUUUAUUUAAAAGUUCAACUGUAAAUACAAAUGUUAAUCUAAAGUUUACUAAUGAGCACUCUAAAGGUCCAAAGAGUGAUAGCAAUAACAACAGUAGAGUGUUGCAAAUAAAACCGCAAGCAAUCCAAAGCACCAGUGAAAACAAAAUUACUAAUGAAAAUUUUGAAACUGAAGAAGACUUUUGUAAAGAAGUUUGCGAAUCGCGACUUACUAAUGAGUAUGAUAGUAUUAUAAAGUUUUUAAUGAAAAUAUUUGGUUCUCUGACAGAACUCUAUAAAGUUUUUAAGAAUAAAAAAAAUAAUGAUGAGAAAUCAAAUGAUGUAAAUCAAUUGCUAGAUAUCAAUCUGAAUUAUUUAGACUACAUGUAUGAAUCUAUUGUCAGAAUGCCUGAAAGUGUUAAAAAAGCUGUGCUGCGAUCUAUUAUCAACUGCAUGAUGACAGAAAAUAGUAGAGAGAAAAGUACUGACCAGAUAAAAGCUUUGAUAAUCUUAUUAUUAAAUCCAUUGUUUGCAGAUAGCAAAACAUAUGUAAUAUUUUCUCAUGUAAUUCGUCAAAUUUGUAUGUCUCAAGUAAAUGAUCACCACCAGUUCAUUAACUUUUUCAAACAGCUUCCUGUUAAAGAAUUAAAAAUAGCGAUUCACCAAGUGACUUCAUUCAUAAGUUACAGAUUAUUUCCUACUAACAAUGAAAUAAUUGAGUCAGAAAUGAGCUCAUGGUGGAUACCAAAUGCUGUAAAGGUUUUAGCAUUAAUGAAUGCUGCUAAUGAAAAUAAUUCCAACAUUAAAUUACCUCGCAGUGUAUUUUACAUUCGAGGAUUGGAACUACUUGAUUUACUAAAAGAAUAUCAAUCUUGGCAAAUGGGAACAAAAGGGUUUUCUUUUUGCCAGUAUCCUUUCUUAUUGAGCUUAAGUUUGAAGCGAUAUAUCAUGCAGAAAGACAGUGAAUCGAAAAUGCUUCUAGAAGCUCGGCAAAGUCUUGUAAAUAAAGUUCGAGAGAAAAAGCGUCCAAAUAUGGGAAUGCUGUUUUUAACACUAAAUGUCCGCCGUAAAUUUAUUUUGGAAGAUUCUCUUUCAGAGAUUUCAAAAAAUCAUGGAGACUUGAGAAAAAAACUUCGUGUGAUUUUUCAAGGGGAGCCAGCUGUUGAUUUAGGUGGUGUGAGCAAAGAAUGGUUUUUUCUUAUCAUUCAAAAGUUAUUUAAUGAAGAUUAUGGUAUGUUCAAAUAUAACUCUGAAACUAAAUUGUGGUGGUUUAAUGCAUCCUGUAAAGAAAAUUAUAAAGAAUUUAACUUGUGUGGUGUUCUCAUUGGUUUAGCUAUGUACAAUGGUAUUAACCUAAAUAUUGGUUUCCCCCCAUGCUUGUAUAAAAAACUUUUAAGCCCUGCUGUGGUGCCGUACAACAAUCCACAUGCAUUAGUUGGAGUAGCUCCAAUGGAUAUAGAAGAGUUCAAACAAGUUUAUCCAGAUUUAGCAAAUGGUUUGAAAGAACUUCUUUUUUAUGAAGGAAACGUAGAGGAAGAUUUAUGUCAAACUUUCCAGGUUUCUUUCACUGAGUAUGGAGUUGUACAGACACGAAUCUUAAAACCAAAUGGUGAAUCUAUACCUGUAACCAAUGACAAUAAGAAGGAAUAUGUGAGUUUGUAUAUCGAUUAUUUUAUGAAUAAAUGCAUAUACCAGCAAUUUUAUUCUUUUUAUCAUGGAUUUCACAGUGUGUGUGCAUCUAAUGCAUUAUUGCUUCUUCGACCAGACGAAGUUGAAACCUUAGUUAUUGGUGAUGCGGAUUUUAAUAUUCGUGAUUUAGAAAAAGUGACAAAGUAUGAUGGCUAUCGCUAUUCGGAUACUGUUAUCAGGAAUUUGUGGGACGUCCUAUAUUCGUAUUCACAAAAGCAACAAAGAAAGUUUUUGUUUUUUUGCACUGGAAGUGAUAGGAUUCCCAUAGGUGGUGUUAAAGAAAUUAACUUUAAAGUGACAAAAGUCAGUGGUGCGAACGCAACUCAAAUGCUUCCCGUUGCGCACACUUGUUUUAAUCAACUCUGUUUACCUAUGUACAAGGGUCGUAAAACACUUGCUAAAAAACUAACCAUAGCAAUUGAAAACGGCGAAGGAUUUGGAUUAGAAUGACUCGUAUCUACGAUAUUUAUUGUGAAAAAAUUAAUUUAUGAUUAAGCAAUAUUAUUUAUCUGUAUAUAAUUUUUAUAUAAUAUUACUCAUAAUUUAUUACUGUAUUUGUAUAUAAUAUUUAUAUGAGAGAGUUAAGUUUUGCGA